UGAAGUUGGGGCCUGGCAGGUCGCGGACUUUUUGACCCAUCUGUGGUUGGUGGAUUUUUUUUAUUUUCCCGCCAGAGUGGAAGCGGAUGUGCUAAGACCUCAUAUUGCACCGGGCUACAAAGCGCGAGGCCGUCAGUGGCAACCAAAAAAUGCCAGGAGUUACGCAAUGUGAAAGCCAGACGGUGCUAGCCAAAACGAGUCCAUCUAGAAGAAAUCGCCUGUCUUUACGCUUCUUCCAGAAGAAGGAAACAAAACGGGCUCUGGACUUUACUGAGGCACCAGAAACAGAAAGUCAAAAUGUUGAGGAGAAAGAUUCUGAAAUAUGUGACCAAGUUGUUCCAGCAGCACAGUUAUCUCCCCCAGGAUGCUGUAUGAAAAAAGAAAUUAUAAUUCCAUUUGUAGGUUUUAACAAUCUUGGGAAUACUUGCUACUUAAACAGUAUACUUCAGGUUUUAUGCUAUUGCCCAGGAUUUAAACUUGGAAUAAAGAGUUUGUCUGAAACAAUUUCUAAGAAAAGAGAAACAGUGAAAGAAGAUAAAGAACAAAUACUGGACAAGGACAGUGGGAAAGAACAGCUACCAGCAAGCUAUGAAGUUAUCUGCAGCCUAGAUUCUUUGAUUCAUUCUGUUGAACAUCUUCAAGUCGGUUUUCUUUCAAACCCAGAGAGCUAUGAUUCUGAGCUUGCAAUACAGCCAAGAAGACUUCUUAAUACUCUUAGGGAACUUAAUCCUAUGUAUGAAGGAUAUCUACAGCAUGAUGCUCAAGAAGUACUACAAUGUAUCCUGGGAAACAUUCAGGAAGCAUGCCAGUUGCUUAAAAAGGAAAGGAUGAAGAGUUUGCAGACAAUUGAAACCUACAAGCAAAUGCAAGAUUCCAAUCACUCCAAAAUAGAAAAUGGCGUUGAGACAUUACCUGAGACCAAUGAUAAUGUGAAUGGCCACUCUGAUAAAGCGACAGAAGAAAUUGGUGCAAAUGAAAAUGGAAAAAGAAAAAGUGAUAGUGAAGCUGGAAAUGCAAAGAAAAGGACAAAAUUAACAAAAGAACAGCCACCUCAAGAGGAACAAAGAUUAACCAGGUCAAAGCGUAGAUCCACAACAGAAAAGGAAGAUAAUAUAAUCAGUGAUUCUGCUAAAACCAGCAUUGAAAAUGGAAGCUCUAAUCCAUCUCAGAAGAAAUCAAAGCUGGUUAUGCAUUGGCUGAAGUCCAGUAAACAGCCAAGUAUUUUAUCAAAGUUCUGUAGUUUGGGUAAACAGGCAAACUCUUCAUCAAAAGUUUCCGCUAAUGAAAAUGGAACACACAACGCAAAGUCAGAGAUCAAGACAUCUGAAAGUGAUGAAUCGCUAAAAGCAAAUAACCUCUCAGUGCCUGAAUGUAAAAAUACAGAGAGAACAACUUCAGAAAGUGAGUUAAGUGGAUUUGAUCUAGUGGAGAAAUUAUUCCAAGGCCAACUUGUGCUGCGAACACGAUGUCUGGAGUGUGAAUGCUUCACAGAAAGGAGAGAGAACUUCCAGGAUAUCAGUGUGCCUGUGCAAGAAAAUGAGCCCCCUAAACUUGAAGAAUCAUCGGAUAUUUCACCUGACCCAAGAUUGGAGAUAAAAACAUUAAAAUGGGCUAUAUCACAGUUUGCAUCAGUGGAAAGAAUCGUCGGGGAGGAUAAAUAUUUCUGUGAAAACUGCCAUCAUUAUACAGAAGCAGAACGCAGCCUACUCUUUGACAAAAUCCCAGAAAUUGUUACAAUUCAUCUGAAAUGUUUUGCUGCUAAUAGUUCAGAGUUUGACUGCUAUGGUGGACUUUCAAAGGUUAAUACACCCCUGUUAACGCCUUUAAAUUUGUCACUGGAAGAAUGGAGCACAAGACCUACCAGUGACUUGUAUGGGUUAUUUGCAGUUGUAAUGCACAGUGGUGUUACUAUAAGCAGUGGCCACUAUACAGUUUAUGUUAAACUUGCAGAUAUUAGUAUAGAAACGGACCAAGUGAAAGCAAUUGCCAACCAUCAGGAUGUUACCAAGACAUUUCCUGAGGACUCUCAAAUAGGCUGUGAUAAUUACGAUGAUGGGGAGGUCUCCUUUAGAAUCAGUGGAAACGUUCAGUCAACAAGCAAAGUGCUGAACAAAAAAAAUACUGACACUGUUGGUCUUCUUGGGGGACAAAAGAGUAAAUAUGAUUUUGAACAGUUACCUAACAAAACAUCUAAAGCGGAUAAGGUUAUGAGCGCACUUGCUGAAGAUAAAAAUUCUGUCAGCAGCACUUUAAGUGGGGAUUUACAUAACGAGAAUACUGAACUUGGUAAUGAAAGUGCUUCUAAAAAUGGGAUUCAAUCAGGCAAGACUGCUUUGUACUUCUUGGAAAGCCUGAAAGAGUAUGAA